AUGACAUUAAAGCAGGGGAAUAUGACAUCUAGAGGGCGCCCCCGCCAACCUGCUAGCAUUUCCACAUACGCCCUGCCGACACCCUCGCCGUCACCUCCGUGGGACCGAGGGCUGACCCAACACACGUACAUCACCAGCUCACCCCCGCCCCCAGCAGCGAGCAGCCCGCUGCUGACGUCAUCAACCGUGACCAUGGCCCAGUUGGUCAACCAACAGAUGAUCAUCAUGCCCACAGGGGGGAACCCGAACGGAAAAGACUCUCGGUGGCUCACCCUAGAGGUGUGCAGGGAGUACCAGAGGAGCAAAUGUUCACGCUCGGAUAAUGAAUGCAAGUUUGCGCACCCUCCUGCGCACGUGGAAGUCCAAAAUGGACGGGUAGUAGCGUGCUUUGAUUCUAUAAAGGGACCUAUCGACAGGGACCUAUCAACAGGGACCUAUCAACAGGGACCUAUCAACAGGGACCCAUCAACAGGGACCUCUCAACAGAGACCUAUCAACAGGGACCUGUCGACAGGGACCCACCUAGACCCUUUGGAAUAA